CCACCCCUGGGACCUUUAGCACCGAGAGUUUUCGUAGCGGCGGCGACGUCGGUGGACGAAAGAGACUGGGGCGAGGACAGCGUUCUUCCCGCCAAAAUAUAAACCUUUAGCACCCUUAAUUUUCCGACAGCAACUUGCCGAGUUCUUUGAAAAUGAAUAAAUUUAAGACUUGUCAAGAGAUACUUUUGCUUAGCUAUGCAGACAACAACAUUUCGGACGAAGAAUUUGUUCCAUUAUACGAAUGUUAUCGUUCAAAAAAAUCCAGAUUUCGGCUAUCGAUUGUAUGAUGUUUUCGAUCUAGAAAACAUGAAUUCCGCUGACUGCAAGGCCGAAUUUCGUGUUGAAAAGGCAGACCUUCUUCGCCUUGCAGAUGCCUUACAUAUUACCGCA